AUGAAGUUCUCCAUCACCACCAUCAUGGCCGCUCUCGCCAUCGGCGCCAUUGCCGCCCCUAUGACCUCCGACCCUCUCUCCGGUCUGGGCUCUCUGUCCGGUCUCACCGGUGUCCUCGGUGAGGUGACUAAGGUCACCCAGCUCAGCCAGCUCACCAAGCUGCAGGGUCUUGACGGCAUUGCUGAUGUCCUCAAGCUCGGCGACGUCACCAAGGAGCUGAGCCUUAGCAAGCUCCCCGUCGUCUCCAGCCUCGGUGACCUGAAGAAGGUUCUCAACCUUCCCUCCACCGGCUCUGACAGCUCGCCCGCCGUCCAGAACGGCCACCUCGUCCAGAACCUUGGCCCCGAGCUCAACAACGUCCUCACCAUCACCGGUACUGACCUCCAGCCUCUGCUUCUCGAGCUGAGCCCCGAGGUUGCUACUCUCGUCUCUUCCCUGGGUCUCGGUGCCCUCGGUGUCCCUCUGGGUGCCGUCGUUGCCUCCGCCAGCUCCCUCGGUGGCCUCGUCACCGGUCUGGGUCCCCAUGUCGAUGGCCUCGUCACCGUCGUCGGUGCCGAUGGUGGUGCUCUCCUCAUCUCCCUCUCCCCCGAGGUUGCCGGUCUCAAGCGUGGUGAGCUCCUCAAGGACCUCGCCCCCGAGGUUGAGCAGAUCCUCACCAUCACCGGCCCCAACGCCAAGAACCUCCUCGUCAAGCUCUCUCCCUCCGUUGCCUCCCUGGUUUCCGGCCUCGGCCUCCCCGGUGUUGGUGUCCCCGCUGGCAAGAUCGUCAAGACUGCCGGUAACGCUGGUGACCUUCUCAAGGACAUUGCCCCUGGUGUCAAGAACCUGAUCGUCGUUGUCCACUCCGACACCCAGGCUCUCCUCGUCGAGCUCUCCCCUGAGGUUGCUGAGCUCGUUUCCGGCCUCGGUCUUGCUGCUACUGGUGCCGCUGUUGGCUCCGUUGUUGCCACCGUUGCUGCUAACAUCUAA